GGAGACGAGAAGGACGAGAAGAAGACGAUGGAGAGAACCCCUCGGCCUGAAAUGGGCCGGGAACGGGGUAGAAGGUGGUCUGCGACUGGGGAAGAGCCAGCAGAGCCUCACAUGGCGAAGCACACACUCCUGUGUCCCACCCCAGCUCUCAAGGCAGGAACAGACUAACCGGGCUGCAGCCAUGUCUGUCCUGUCCAUAACAAACCCUCCCGGCUGGAGCGUGUGCUCUGCUCUCUGUCUCCUCAUCGUGCUGCUUCCAGAGGCCAAAGCAGACAACCUGAACACUACCACUCAGCGCAAUGGCGGGGGAUCCCAGUGUGGGGAAUACACGAACCAGGUGAUGGAGGACGGCAUGUGCCGGCUGGUGGCCACGCUGCCCCAGCUGGACGAGCAGAAGUGCCCGGACAUGUUUCGCUGCACGGACGAGGUUUCCUACUGGCUGCACGAGAACGAGGAGAGGAAGCAGCAGAUCGGGGCGCUGAAGGAGACCAUCUCCGAGCUGCAGGAGGAGCUGAGGAACCACCGGCACCGCAUCAAAGUCCUCGAGCUGCAGAGUGAAGAGAGGAGCCACUUGAACGUCUCCUUGGAGCAUCGUUUUCAUGAGCUGGAGGUUCACUAUGCUGAGGCCACCACCCUGCUGCACCUACAGGGCACUCUGAUCCUAGACCUCCAGAACCAACUCUAUAAUCUGACACUCUUGGUGGAUAAAGUGAAAAGAAGCCCUGGGUGCUUGAUCAACAUUGUGCGUCCCAACCCACUGAUGAACGCUCAAGAGGCUCUUCACCCAGAGAUUCAGCAUGUGAGGAACUGUCCCAUAGACUGUGCCUCCAUCUACUACAAUGGAGUGAGGAGAUCAGGCCUCUACAGGGUGGUGCCCUCUCUGGCCGGCAUCCCUGUCGAGGUCUACUGUGAUAUGGACACAGAUGGUGGCGGCUGGACUGUGAUCCAGCGGCGUGUUGACGGCUCAGUGAGCUUUGACCGCAGCUGGAGGGACUACAGGGACGGUUUUGGUGACCUGCACUCAGAGUUCUGGCUGGGCAACGAACACAUACAUGACCUGAGCACCCAGGGAGACUACAGCCUCCGCAUCCACCUGGAGGACUGGAGCAACAAGCACAAACAUGCCCUCUACCAGAGCUUCAGUGUGGAAGACGAGGAGCAUCAGUACCGUCUCCAUGUGUCAGGCUUCAGUGGGACAGUGCAGGACUCUUUCAGCUGGUACCAUGACAAGCAGGGCUUCAGCACCCCCGACAGUGGCAACAUCUGCGCAGAGAUCUCCCACGGCGGGUGGUGGUACAACCAGUGCUUCUACGCCAACCUUAAUGGAGUCUACUACAGGGGAGGCCAUUACACCCCUAAAGGCCGGGGGCCGCUGGGUCCUGAUGGGAUCGUCUGGUACUCCUGGAGAGACUCUGACUAUUACUCCCUACGCAAGGUCAGCAUGAUGAUCCGGCCUCGCAACUUCCGAACCCGUUUGUCCCCCUGACCCACUGCCACCACCAAGGACGCAGGAGCACGUGGGCAUCUCACCAGGACAGCAUGGCGGUGGUGACAUCCAUUCUUAUUAUGUGCAGAGCUCAAACUUGGGGCUCAUUUUCUGCUGCAUAUUCUUGAAGAGACUUCUUUUUGGGACAUAGACUUUUUUCAUUCAGUCACAGGAAGUGAGUUCUUCCUUAUUUUCUACAUCUAUUUUGUACCUUUUAGUUUGAUACUUUGACACACUUUUAGCCACCCAGCCAAAAAAAAGGUCCAUUUGUUGCGAAGGGGCUCAGUCUCUAUUAACCACUGAGAGGAGGCGCGUGCAGCUGGCAGGCAGAUCACGUGACUGUUUAUUGAAUGCUUGGCAUAUUGUGUAUGUGUGCGUGUGUGUGCUUAUUGCAUAUUUACAAUCAUUAUCCAAUUUUGUUCACUUUGAAUUUCAGCCAACUUCGAAUUGUGUGAACGUUUAUUCGUUUAUUGUAUUAGACAUAAUAAGUCCAACCUUUUAAAGUGCUACUGUCUCACUCACAGUCUAGGGUCAGGCAAAGAUGUGCUAUUUGAGGACUGUGUGUACAUACAUUCUGUACAGACUGCACAAUAAACACUGUAUGUACAAACUGAGACACAAAGGACACUUUCAUAUAAAGACAACGCUUCAAGUUCUGCUUCUUCUUAAGUUAAAAAC